AUACUUUAAAAAAAGCGCAACGGGCCUCAGCCGGGGCCGAUACCCGGCUCCACCACCCCUCGACGCGCCUCCUCUCCUCUCCGCACAGUCCACUAAUUUAAAACCACGAUCGACCGGCGGCCCUUUCGCCUAAUCAAAAAAAUCGCGAGCAAAAUCGAGCUCGAGCUCGACACCGAAAUGCUACACGAAUUAUUACUCGCCCUUUUGGGUUACACUGGGGACUUCGUGAUCGACGCCAGGGAGCAAUCCAAAACCCUAGGCAUCUCCGAUCAUCAAAUCGACGCCGACGAGCCCUCCUUCAAGCUCGCCGUGGAUGUCUCCUUCGUCCAGCCAUCAGAAAGGAGCGCGAUCGAGAGGCUCGUAUCAUUAGGUUUCUAUUAUAGGGAACUCAACCGCUUUGCAACUGCAGCUCGCAAUUUAACUUUGAUACAGGUGGCGAAAAGUUCUGCUGCGCAGCAAACAUCUGGUUCAACUGAGAAGCCCGGGAAAUCGAGUGUUUAUCGCAGGGCAAUUGCGAAUGGUAUUGUUGAGAUAUUGUCGGUUUAUAAGGCAGCCGUUCUGCAAGUUGAGCAGAAUUUGUUAUCGGAUCCCCUGCCCAUUCUUUCUAGCAUCACUGGAGGAUUGAACAAGUUUGAUAUUCUCUUGCCUCCACUAUACGAGCUCAUAAUGGAAGUUGAACGUGAAGAUAUUAGAGGAGGACAACUUCUAAACCUUCUACAUAAACGAUGCCAUUGUGGGAUACCUGAGUUGCAAGCAUGCAUCCAAAGGCUCCUCUGGCAUGGUCAUCAAGUCCUUUACAACCAGCUUGCAUCUUGGAUGGUUUAUGGAAUUCUUCAAGAUCAGCAUGGGGAGUUCUUCAUUAGGAGACAAGAUGAUGGGGACUUAGAGAGUGAAUCAUCUCAUCCAGAUUCAAUUGAAAAUUUGAUGCAUAAAUCAUCUGAAGAUCCAUCUCUCUCUGACUGGCACCUGGGAUUUCAUAUAUAUUUGGACAUGCUACCUGAGUAUAUACAUAUGCGUGUUGCUGAAUCAAUUCUUUUUGCUGGCAAAGCAGUAAGAGUCCUUCGGAAUCCUAGUUUUUCAUUCAGAUUGCAGGAGUCAUUUAUUCACCAGCCAAUUCUCAGAGUAUCUCAAAAAGGCCAAGGUUUCUGUGGUGGCCUUACUCCCCAGAACGAGCUGCUUAAGGAAAUGAAUCUAAUUGCAGAAGAACUCCUUCCACAAUCUGAAGCUAAUAAGAUCGAGAUAAUGCUUCAAGAAUUAAAGAAAUCAACUGAAUUCCACAAAAGGUUGUUUGAAUCUUCUGUUAAUUCAAUUCGUACAAUUGCAGCAAAUCAUCUGUGGCAGCUUGUAGUUAUACGUGCUGAUUUGAAUGGCCACUUGAAGGCAUUCAAAGACUACUUUCUUUUAGCAAAAGGUGACUUUUUCCAGUGUUUUCUUGAGGAGAGCCGUCAAUUGAUGCGUCUACCUCCACGUCAGUCAACUGCGGAAGCAGAUCUUAUGGUACCAUUUCAGUUGGCAGCACUGAAGACUAUAGGUGAUGAGGACAAGUACUUUUCAAGAGUGUUACUCAGAAUGCCUUCGUUCGGAAUUAAUGUCACAAAUUCCCAGACAGAGAUACAAAAGAAGAAGGGCAAUAUUGAUGGAAAUUUGGGUAUGUUUUCAUAUGGAACAGCUUCCUCAGAAAUGUCACUUGAUGGUUGGGAUGGUAUUGCUCUUGAAUAUUCCAUUGAUUGGCCCUUGCAGCUCUUCUUUACUCAGGAGGUCCUUUCAAAGUACCGCAAGGUUUUCCAAUAUUUGAUCAGGCUUAAACGAACACAAAUGGAAUUGGAGAAAUCAUGGGCUGCAGUAAUGCAUCAAGAUCAUACCGACUUUGCUAACCGUCGAAAAGAUCGAAGCAAUUCCUUGUCCCAACAUCAACGCCGCCAACGCUUCAGACCAAUGUGGCGAGUUAGGGAGCAUAUGACUUUCUUGAUCAGAAACUUGCAGUUUUACAUUCAGGUUGAUGUUAUUGAAUCUCAAUGGAAUGUUUUGCAAGUCCAUGUGCAGAAUUCACAUGAUUUUACUGAGCUAGUGGCCUUCCAUCAAGAAUACUUGUCUGCUUUGAUCUCGCAGUCGUUUCUGGAUAUUGGGUCUGUCUCUAGAAUACUUGAUAGCAUCAUGAAACUAUGUCUGCAGUUCUGCUGGAAUAUUGAAAAUUAUGAAAGCAAUCCAAAGUUAUCAGAACUGGAACAUAUCACUGAGGAGUUCAACAAGAAAUCAAAUUCUUUGUACACCAUACUUCGAAGUAGCCGCCUUGCUGGAAGUCAAAGAGCGCCUUUUCUUCGGCAGUUCCUCAUGCGGCUGAAUUUCAAUUCCUUUUUUGAGGCUACUGCACUAAAUGUUGUCAGGCCACGCCCAAUUAUUGCAAGUCAACAAUGAUAAGAAUGUCCUACGGAGAUGCUCGGUUUAUUGGGUUGGAAGCUUCUUGAUUUCUGUUAUGAAACCAUCAAUUGUUUCAUCAAAGAAAUUUCUGGAGCUGUCAGUGAGAAAUUGAAAUUUUGGUGCCUUGCUUUGUGAAGGAUCACUUGUGCUUGACCUAGAACUUUUUUUUUUCCACUCCUUACUGGCGAGCAAAGAUUGGAGAUUUUCUGGCUGAAAAGAUUAGUUAGGGUUGCUCAAGAUUUGUAAAGUUAAUCAGGGAAAAAGACCAUGUUUAUUGUGAAAGUAGAAAUCGUUGUGUCAUAAUUUGUGUAAAACUUGGUUGCAAUUGGUUGUAUUUAAAUAUAGGAUUCCCUUUUUUAUAUAAGAAAAUAGCAUUCCUUGA